AGAGACUCUGAAAGGAGAAGAGGAGGAAUGAGAGCGUAGAAACGCAGGCGUGGGCAGCGCGGACGGGGCUCGUCAGUGUCACUGCUAAGCAAGGAGAAACAGACGAUUCAUUGAAUUUGAUAUCUUGCUGAAGCCGUAGAUAAUGAGGACUUACCAUUGCCUACCAUUAUUCGUCUGGACCUAUAUGUUCCAUACAUUUGAUGCUAUUCCAUUACAAGAAAAAGCUAACAAUUAUUUAUCAAGCAAAAGGAUAGUGGGUCUGACAAAAGAUGAUGGUAAAAUGCUGCAUCGCACCAAGCGUGGCUGGAUGUGGAACCAGUUCUUCUUGUUGGAAGAGUAUACAGGUACAGACACACAAUACGUAGGCAAGCUGCACACUGACCAAGAUAAAGGAGAUGGAAAUUUAAAAUACAUCUUAACAGGAGACGGGGCUGGCAGUCUUUUUGUUAUAGAUGAAAAUACAGGAGAUAUUCAUGCUGCAAAGAAAUUAGACAGAGAAGAAAAAUCUCUGUACAUUCUUCGUGCCAAGGCUAUAGACAGAAAGACUGGGAGACAAGUAGAACCUGAAUCUGAAUUUAUCAUUAAGAUCCAUGACAUCAAUGACAAUGAACCAAAAUUCACCAAAGAGUUAUACACUGCAAGUGUUCCUGAAAUGUCUGGAGUUGGUACAUCUGUUCUACAAGUGACGGCAACAGAUGCAGAUGAUGCCAAUUAUGGAAAUAGUGCCAAAGUGGUCUACAGUAUACUGCAAGGACAGCCAUACUUUUCAGUGGACCCAGAAUCAGGCAUCAUAAAAACUGCAUUGCCUGACAUGAGCAGAGAAAAUAAAGAACAUUACCAAGUGGUUAUACAGGCCAAAGACAUGGGUGGCCAAAUGGGUGGACUUUCUGGAACCACCACCGUGAACAUCACCCUGACUGAUGUCAAUAACAACCCUCCCCGGUUUCCCCAGAGUACAUAUCAAUUCAAUUCUCCUGAAUCUGUACCUCUCGGAACUCAUCUGGGCAGGAUAAAAGCCAAUGACCCUGAUGUGGGGAAAAAUGCUGAGAUGGAAUACAGCAUCUCUGAUGGAGAUGGAGCAGACAUGUUUGAUGUCAUUACCGACAAGGAUACACAGGAAGGGAUUAUAACUGUCAAACAGAAUUUAGAUUUUGAAAACAAAAUGCUAUACACUUUAAGAGUAGAUGCAAGUAACACUCACCCGGAUGCACGAUUCCUACACCUGGGCCCUUUCAAAGACACAGCCGUGGUGAAGAUAUUUGUGGAAGAUAUAGAUGAGCCACCUGUGUUCAGUAAAAUUUCUUACUUGAUAGAAGUAGAUGAAGAUGUAAAGGAAGGCAGCAUCAUUGGCCAGGUCGCAGCUUAUGACCCAGAUGCCAUGAAUAAUUUAAUAAAAUACUCUAUAGAUCGGCAUACUGAUAUGGACCGGAUUUUUAGUAUACAUGCAGAAAAUGGCUCUAUUUUCACUUUGAAAUCCCUAGAUCGAGAAUCAUCUCCUUGGCACAACAUCACCAUUACGGCCACAGAAAUAAAUAACCCAAAACAAAGUAGCCAGAUACCAGUCUUCAUCAGAAUUCUAGAUAUAAAUGACCAUGCUCCAGAGUUUGCCAUGUACUAUGAAACAUUUGUUUGUGAGAAUGCAAAACCUGGGCAGUUGAUUCAGACAAUCAGUGUCAUGGACAAAGAUGAUCCUCCCCGAGGUCACAAAUUCUUCUUUGAACCUGUGCCAGAAUUUCCCCUCAAUCCUAACUUCACCAUUGUAGAUAAUAAAGAUAACACAGCAGGUAUCAUGACCCGAAAAGAUGGGUAUAGUCACAAGAUGAGCACCUACCUGUUGCCCAUUUUGAUCUUCGACAACGACUAUCCGAUCCAGAGCAGCACUGGCACGCUCACCAUCCGCGUGUGCGCCUGCGACCGCCACGGCAACAUGCAGUCCUGCAGCGCCGAGGCCCUCGCGCUCAGGGCCGGCCUCAGUACCGGCGCCCUCGUGGCCAUCCUCCUGUGCGUCCUCAUCCUGCUAGUUUUAGUUGUGCUGUUUGCAGCAUUGAAGAGGCAAAGGAAAAAGGAACCCCUGAUUGUUUCUAAAGACGAUGUCCGGGACAAUAUUGUGACCUACAAUGACGAAGGCGGAGGGGAAGAAGACACCCAGGCCUUUGACAUAGGCACCUUAAGGAACCCUGAAGCCAGGGAGGACAGUAAACUGAGAAGAGAUGUCAUGCCUGAAACAAUUUUUCAGAUCAGGAGGACUGUGCCUCUCUGGGAAAAUAUUGAUGUGCAAGAUUUUAUCCAUCGACGGUUGAAAGAGAACGACUUGGAUCCCAGCGCCCCUCCCUAUGACUCCCUGGCCACCUAUGCCUACGAGGGGAAUGACUCGGUGGCAGAUUCACUCAGCUCUCUAGAAUCUCUCACGGCUGAUGGCAAUCAGGAUUAUGACUACCUGAGUGACUGGGGGCCUCGGUUCAAAAAGCUGGCAGACUUGUACGGGGGCGAUGACAGUGACCGGGACUGA